AUGGAUGCCAUACGAGUAGCCAAGGUCGAGGGAGUUCUCUGUAGCAAGGGUGGUAGCACCCUGUCGGGAACCCUGCAUCUCACCGCGCAUCAUCUCAUCUUCUGCUAUGAUGAAUCAGAGAGAGAAGAGAUGUGGGCUCCGUACCCGCUGAUAUCCCUUGUAACGCGUCUCCCUCUUACAUUACAGGGACAAUGUCCCCUCACUGUCCGUAUGCGGACAUUUGAAUCUAUAUCCUUCAUCUUUGUCUCGGAAAGAGACGCAAUAGACGUCUUUGAGAGCGUGAAGGAGCUCACAGUCGCAACCUCCGUCAACCAGCUGUACGCUUUCUUCUAUGUGCCAAAUCCUCCAUUACCCGUACAGACAGGCUGGUCACUGUAUUCCCCGAGAGAAGAAUUCGGACGAAUGGGUGUAGGUUCAAGGACCAAGGCGUGGAGGUUCACCGAUAUUAAUAAGGACUAUUCGUUUUCGCCAACAUACCCUGCGAGACUUGUCGUCCCGACUCGUAUCAGCGAUACUACGCUGCAAUACGCUGUGAAAUACCGCAGCAAGGGCCGGCUGCCCGUCCUCACGUAUCUUCACUGGGCCAAUUAUGGGAGUAUCACACGUUCUAGUCAACCCAUGGUUGGUCUGAAGAAUAAUCGAUCAAUACAGGAUGAGAAACUCAUCGAAGCCAUCUUUCAAUCGCAUCACUCCCCCGAGUCCCGCGCCGCGAAUAUGCCGAUAUACGGCGCAACUGCGACUAAUCUCAUCAUCGAUGCGCGGCCUACUACCAAUGCGAUGGCGAACACUGCGAAAGGCGCUGGCACAGAAAACAUGGAUCAUUACAAGGACGCAAAGAAGGCCUAUCUUGGCAUCGACCAUAUCCAUAUGAUGCGCGAGUCCCUCGGCAAGGUGGUGGAGGCUCUGCGGGAGGCCGACUCUCUACUUUCCUCGCUAGGCGCGAGCGACCAAAGUACGGGUGAAGGUAUUGUCGCGUCUGUGCUGGACAGACAGGCGUUGCGGAGAUCCGGGUGGCUAAAGCAUAUCUCAGCGAUUAUGGAAGGCUCCCUGCUGAUCGUGCGAAACGUGCACGUUAACUCGUCGCAUGUCCUCAUUCAUUGCUCAGAUGGCUGGGACAGGACUGCGCAGCUCUCCUCGUUAUCGCAGCUCUGCUUGGACCCUUUCUACCGGACAGUACGUGGCUUCCAGAUACUGGUGGAAAAAGACUGGCUCUCGUUCGGCCACAAGUUCUUGGACAGGUGUGGUCAUCUGUCGUCGGAGAAGUUCUUCCUCGCUCCGGUUGAAAGCGGUGGGGGCGGUGGAGGCGCGGAAGCUGCACAGGCAUUCUUGGCUUCGGUACAGAACAGGUUCGCGUCUCCAAAUCACAUCAAAGAAACGAGUCCAGUCUUCCAUCAAUUCUUGGAAUCUGUGCGCCAGGUCCAGCGACAGUUCCCCGAGCGCUUCGAGUUCAACGAGCGAUUUUUGCGGCAAUUGCACUACCACUUAUAUUCGUGCCAAUUCGGUACGUUCUUGUUCAACACCGAACGUGACCGCCGCGUUGGCGAAGGUAGUAUAGCUCCUGCAUGCGAUCGUACCGUCAGCGUCUGGGAUUUCUUCAACUCACCACCCGAGGCUGCCCUUAACCUGAAUCCAGACUACGAUCCGUCUCUCGAUGAUCCGACAAGCCGUGCGCCGAAGGCUGACAUGGGCGUGCUCAUGCCCAACCCCAAAGACGUACGGUUCUGGCACGAGCUGUAUGGAAGGACGGACGAGGAGAUGAACGGGAAGUUUCGUCAGCUUGCGCAAGAGACGGAUAUUGCAGGGCCUGUUGAGACUGUCGACGAUGAAACCCCCGUGAUUCAAGCCGUCUCCCCGCCUUGUAUCUCGCUUCCUCCAUCUCCCGUGACUUCCCCGCCGCCUGCGACUCCCACACAACAGUCGCUGGCUCGGAAAGUGUUCGAGAGGAGCCAGUCGCCUGCAUUGGUCGCGUCCUCUUCUACCUCCGAGCCGUUGAGGCCGAGGCAUGAGAGCCUGCGGGGGAUGGACGCCCAGCUGUCGCCCACACGGAGGACACAUGAAUUAACCGUCCCUUCACGUACCCCCUCACCCGGCGUAGCGGAUUUAUCUGCCUCACCACGUGCAGGCGUCUCUGCGGGCCAGGUCACAGAUCUGUUCUCGUCCAGCAACGUGCGGUCGAUGUGGGGACGCUUCUCGUCGAACGCGUCUGCUGCGUUCUCUGUCGUGCAGGACGCAUACGGAGGGGUGGCGAAGGAUCUCAGGGGAUUGUCCCUCGGCGGUGAUACUGGCGGCGACGAGCUCAAGACGCGCGAGGAGAUUGGGGUGUGGGGCGAGCAAGAGCAGCAUGAGCGGCGGCCCUCAUCCGCUCGCGGUCCGGGAAAGGUGUACACUGCGACCGCGACCAACCCCUGGUCGACGGCGAAGGCGCGUCCGAACAUGCCCUCCAUGUUCUUGGACAACCCGUGGAGCUCUCACACGCCGGAUCGCGAGUCGGAAACGCACUCAGCUCCCGAAUUGGAUAUGCCGACGCCGACAAGUGCACUACCCGCGGACCCAACCGUCGCGCUACCUUCGUGGACACCGGUGCGAAAGUCCAGCAUCAAUACCCUUCCACGGUCGAGUUCUCGGGGUAGUACCCACUCGACCCCGUUGAUAUCGCUUGGUGCUGAUCUGCCGCUCGUGACCCAUCCCCUCCCCGCAGCGUCAGUCGGUAGCACCCCGCCAGCGGUCUCGCCGCCGUCUUCAGAUCCACUCGGGGUGGGACUUCUGUAG